ACGCGUCAAAAAAUACUGAAAGAAGAUAGGGAUCGUUCACUGGUUGUCAUUUUUUGCCUCUGUAGAGCUUUGCUCGUGAUGGGAUAUUUUUUUUGUACAAGAUUAUUUUGGGAUCAUGAGUCGAUAAGGACUUGAACGACUUCGGUGGUUCGCUCUCUUCGCGAUAUGUCUGCAGCGAUGCUCAGCACCACUACCAACAAGCUGAAUGUAUUGGUCAACAAGCUGCAUGAGUACUUGGCUCAUUCCACCGUUGAGGACAGCAAUGGCACACCAACCUCAGAGGAUGCUGAUGGUCUGACAAACCGGAGCUGCUCUGUGGGAAACUCAACAGGUCAUACUGCAUUUGAGGCGGCAGUGGAUACCAAAUACUCAAGGAGAAAACCUUCUGUUGUCAUAAAACACUCUGGACUGGAUGAAUCUGGGGACUCAAAUGCAAGUGAGGACUUGGAUUUACCGGUCAACGCAAAUGGUCACCUUGAUAUCAAUAGACUGCCUAAAGGCACUGUAUUGGUCAGGCCUGAACCUGUUGAUAAUGGAAGAGAUGACUUUAGGGGUCCUGAGUUUCGCAGCCGGAAAUCCAGUGUACUGCGGAAAGAGUUCUCGAGAAGACGUGGAGGAGUUGAACACAUGGGAAUUGUCAGUUGCACUGCGUGUGGCAGACAAGUUAACCACUUCCAGAGAGAUUCCUUCUAUCGGCAUCCAGUUCUGAAAGUACUUAUUUGCAAGUCAUGCUACAAGUAUUACUUAAGUGACGACAUCAGCAAGGAUGGAGAUGGAAUGGAUGAGCAGUGCAGAUGGUGUGCUGAAGGAGGCAACUUGAUUUGUUGUGACUUCUGUAGUAAUGCUUUCUGCAAAAAGUGUAUUCUAAGAAAUUUGGGAAGGAAGGAGCUUUCUGGCAUCUUGGAGAGCAAAUGGUACUGCUAUGUGUGUAGCCCGGAGCCCCUUUUCGACCUGGUGAUGGCCUGUGACAGUGUCCUCGAGAACAUGGAGCGUCUGUGGCAUCAGCAGCGCAGAAGGAACCGAGCAGAGCCGGAGAAAUCUUUACUUUAUGGCGAUAUGUUGCCACACUUACCACAAAACAUUCCUUUGGAUAAAUGGGAUCACACUGGUAUGGAUGGUAAUGUGGUGUUCAACUAUAACACACUGCAGAUUUCGAAGGACAUGACCAAAAAGGCUAAACAUUUAGUGGACUCAACAAACACCUUAAACCGAAUUUUUAUCAAUUUCAUUCAUACUGUGACAACAAACAAACAAACACCUGGUGUUCGCCAUCUGUAUCUGAAGCAUUUUAUGUCAGUAGUUAAAGGCUUGCGGAAAUCACUUACAGUACUUGAGGAUAGCCUUAAGGAAGAAUUCAGUGACUUGGAUGUAUUUAGCUGUUGGGAAAAGUUCCUUAGUGAUGACUUUGAUACACAACCUGUAACAGACACAGAGCUGGAUAUCUCUGAUGAAAGGUGCUUGAGGGACUUGCAGAAAUUGGCAGCUGAACAUUUGGAGGAUGAUGAUUCUGACUCCAAGGGCUUCAUAGAUGGGAGAAAUACACAUGACUGCCCUGGGGAGGACAUGGAAUCAGAUUCACAUGAAGCCAGACCGAGGACACAAAAGGUUGGCCCGAAGCCCCCUGAAACAGGGGUCAACAUGACUAAAAAACUAAUAGUAAAACUUACACCUGUAGCUAUGGAGCAGGAGCCUUCCUCUCAUGUCCCGAAGAUGGAGGAGGACAUCCACAUGAAGGAUAAAAAGUCAAAGGGAAAGGAUGUAUCAGAAGAUAAAGAGACAGGUGUUGCAUGUGCAAAAACUGACAGCAAGAUGAGCAAUGACAACUCUAGUGCAUCAUUACACCUAGAAGAGGAACAAGGCAAUAGACGGUCUCCUCGUGUCAAAACGACACCUUUGCGUCGACCUAGUGAUGUCAAGGCCAAAUCGUCUCUUUCAGCAGCAGACAGUGACAGUGACUCUGACCCUGAGGAAACUCCCAGUGCAGUACCAGCCAAAAACACUGAAGAACAAAGUGCAAACAGAGCAACAGACGACUCUGACUCAGACGAAGUCCCUCCAGCUCUGCUUGAGCGAGCGGCUAUGACCCAAAGCUCUGAUGAACCCCAGAGUGAUGAGGAUGGUGGAAAAGCAUCAACCAAGGUGGCCAAGAAAUGUCUCUUUUGGCUCACUAAGAGCACCCCAAUCUCACCGGAGAAGAUGCGCCACAAACGCAAGAUGCUGGACCGCUCUCCUGAGUCUGACUCAAGUGACAGAAGAGUCAAAGCUCGAAGGGAAAGUGGGACAGAUUCCUCCAGUGACGAUCAAGACUUGCAGAAGAAAAUACAACACUUGAAUACACUGAGGUCAAUAGGGAAGCCUCACCUCAUCAAAAGAGAGGAGGAAGGUGUGGCUAGAAAGCAGGGUAGGAUGCAGGCUGGGAAGUCUAAGACUAAAGCUUCUCAGGAAGCAAUGGAGUUGUCAUCGUCAUCAAGUGAAGAUGAACAUGAUGAUGACUCUGGGAGUGACGGAAGUGAUCAGAAGAUGAAGCCAAUCACUGAAGAUGUGGCUUUAUUGGGGGCAGCAGCAUUCCACCAAUCAUCAGGGGAUGAGGAGCAAUCUGGGCCCUCGUGGGCAGCAGAAGAUGACGAUGAUCCAGAAAAUAGAAUCGCUAAGAAAAUGCUAUUGGCCCAAAUCAAAGCCAACUACUCCUCGGGUGAUGAUAUCUCUUCGGAUGAGGAAACACAGGAGGAGGAAACUGAGUCGGAGGAUGACAAAGAGGUCAAACUAGGCAAUGAGGAUAAUGGAACAGAUGAAAAUGGGGAGGACUUGGCUUCACAAUCAUCUGACACCACGUCUGAUGGGCCAAACUCCAGGCAUCAUCUGCUCCGCCAUAAACUCACCUUAGAUGAGCGACCAUCAAGUGACAAGGCCGUGGCAGAGAGGGAAGUACGAAAGCAGGAGAAGAAGAAAAGAGUCAGCAGAAAACACCUGAGCUCUGAUAGUGAAAGUGGUGGUGAGAGUAUAGAAUCGAAGCUGGAAGACCUUGGAUUGAGCGAGGAGCUGAGUCAGUCAGAGGAUGACACCAAUGAAGAAACGCUAAAAAGCUCCAGAUUAUCCGCUAAAGUGAAGGAAGCACACGGUAGUUGCGAACGGAAGAAGCAAGUGCCCUGCAUUUGGUUGCCUGACUCCAGCAGUGGAAAGAGUGAUCAAGAGGAUGGAGAUAAGGAGAUGGAGAGUAAAGGUACUCCCAAAAGGCGCAAAAAGAUCCACAGAAUUAUUGAAGAUGUGAAUCUCAGUGCUGAGACCCAGGAAGCACUGAGAGAGGAGGAGGAGAGAUGCAAACGGUUGGCAGAUAGAGAUCAACAGAUGGAGGACAGGAGAGAGAUAAUUGUCAGAGAGGAUGAGCUCUAUCAAGUGGUGUGUCCCAUUACCACCAAGCUGGUCCUGGAUCAGGAUGAGGAGACAAAGAAGCCACUUGUUCAGGUGCACGCGAACCUGGUGACGAGACUGAAGCCUCACCAGGUUGACGGUGUCCAGUUUAUUUGGGACAGUUGUUGUGAGUCUGUCAAGAAGGCAAACUCUUCUCCAGGAUCAGGCUGUAUACUGGCACACUGCAUGGGCCUGGGGAAGACUCUGCAGAUGGUAACAUUCCUCCACACGGUGCUGCUGUCAACAAACCUGAAAUUCAGAACAGCCCUGGUCGUGUGUCCACUUAAUACUAUCCUCAACUGGGUCAGCGAGUUCAAGAAAUGGCAAGACAACAUGGGAGAGGAUAAAGUCAAGGUCACAGAACUGGUUACAAUAAAGUGUCCUACAGAACAACUUAGAGCUCUGCAGAGGUGGCAGAGAGGCGGAGGCGUUAUGAUAAUGGGGUAUGAGAGGUACCGCAUCCUGUCACAAGCCCAGAAAAUCAACAAUGAGGAAUGGAAGUCAGAGUUAAAGAGCAUACUGGUGGAUCCAGGCCCAGACUUUGUGGUUUGCGACGAGGGGCACAUUCUGCGCAAUGAUGCAUCCAGUAUCUCCAAAGCUAUGAAUGCCAUCAAGACCCGACGAAGAGUGAUGCUAACUGGCACACCACUGCAAAACAACCUGGUUGAGUACCACUGCAUGGUCAAUUUCAUCAAGAAGAAUCUUCUGGGCUCAUUGAGCGAAUUCCGAAACCGCUUUAUCAACCCCAUACAGAAUGGCCAGUGUGCUGACUCCACGCCAAAAGACGUCCGAAUCAUGAAGAAGCGAGCACAUGUACUUCAUGCAGUGGUGGCUGGAUGUGUGCAGAGAAGAGAUUACUCUGAGUUGACUCAGUUUCUACCUCCCAAACACGAGUAUGUGCUGUCAGUGAGGGUUUCCCCGCUCCAGUAUAAGUUGUACCGCUACUACCUUGAUCACAUCGCUGGUCUGGGUUCCAUGACUAACAGAGCAAAGAUGACGGCUGGAGCAAAUCUGUUCAAGGACUUCCAGGUGCUCAGCCGAAUUUGGACUCAUCCCUGGUGCCUUCAGCUCAGCUACAUCCACAAAGGAAACAAGAAAACUCAGGUUAAAGCGGCAGCUCUGCUGAGACAUGAAGAGGCCACUGUGGCUGAGAGUGGACUGAGAGAGAACAAAGGAACAGCAAGGAACAACCCCAACAACAGUAGGAUGGUCAUCACUGAUGUUUCCAAAGGAGCUCCAGCAGUGGAAGGAGAGAACCAAGCAACCAUUAGCUCAGGGUCUCCGUGUACAGAUGAAGGCUGGUACAAGAACCUGCUGUCUGAAAUGGACGCCAAAAUCCUGGACCACUCAGGGAAGAUGGUGCUCUUGUUUGAGAUUCUCAGAAUGGCUGAAGACCUGGAUGAUAAAGUGCUUGUGUUCAGUCAGUCCUUGAUCUCAUUAGACCUAAUUGAGGAUUUCCUUGAGGCUUCUCACCGUGCCAGAGACCCAUCAUCAUUCAAAGUAGCCAGCUGGAUUAGAAACCUUGAUUACUAUCGUCUUGAUGGCUCCACCAGUGCUAUGUCCAGGAAAAAAUGGGCAGAGCAGUUCAACAACACUGCCAAUAUCCGCGGACGAUUGUUUCUCAUCUCAACGAGAGCGGGUUCUCUUGGCAUCAACCUUGUGGCUGCCAACAGGGUUAUCAUCUUUGAUGCUUCAUGGAACCCGUCAUAUGACAUACAGAGCAUAUACAGAGUGUAUCGCUUUGGUCAGCUGAAGCAAGUGUUUGUGUACCGCUUCUUGGCUCAGGGCACCAUGGAGGAGAAGGUCUAUGAUCGUCAGGUGACCAAACAGUCUCUGUCCUAUCGAGUGGUGGAUCAGCAGCAAAUUGAGAGGCACUUCACCCUUUCUGAACUGACUGAACUUUACAUAUUUGAGCCAGACCUGCUGAAUGACCCAAACUCCAAGAAAAGCAAGAAAACCACCUCUGUUUUGCCAAAGGAUAAGGUCCUGGCACAGCUAUUACAAACCUGUAAAGACCAGAUAGUGUCAUACCACGAGCAUGAAUCUCUGCUGGACCAUAAACAAGAGGAGGAGCUCAGUGAAGCAGAACGCAAAGAUGCCUGGGCCGAGUACGAGGCUGAGUCAAACACAGCUAGCAUAUCAGUGAGCUCGAGCCAGGAGACCUUGGAUAUGAAGACCAAUGAACAGCUAUUGGAAAUGCUAAACAAGUGCCGAGCAGAUGUAUCAGCGGCCUUCCUGUCACUUCAGAGGAUGAGGUCUAACACUAUUGAGGACUACAUGUUACGAACGCGGCAUCAGUAUCCUCACUUGCCUGAAGACAACAUUAAAAAUAAGGCGAGGAUUUGGAGACUGUGUGAUGAGAAGGAGCAGGAACGUAGACAGGCCUUUUAUCGAGACGUUCUUGCACAGCAACAAUCACUCACACUCCGCAUUCAAGCCAUACUGAGCCAUCGAAGAAAUCAAGCGAUGCAGACGACCGUGACCACUGUGAACCAGCCUGGGCAGAUUUGAAUACGUAAUUCAUCUUGUAGUGGGAAAGGAAAGUGAUGCCUUUGUUCUUCAUCACAUUAUAUAGACCUUAUUUCUUCACUGCUGUACCAGUGAAGUGAAUCUAUUAUUUAUCAAUAUGGUACGACAAGAGAGCACUGAGCUCCCAGAGCAGUAAAGUAACAUAACAGCAGUGUGUUAUAAUGUGUUAUAGAACCAUAUCUCUGUUCCUCUGGGUUUCAAGUUUCCCAUUAUAGCAAUGUUUAGGCACACUGACAGUUUUGUUUUGUAACACUCUGAACACUUUAACUUGCACAGAAUAUGCAGUUAAGUUGUACAGAUGUACCUGAUAGAGUUGGCAACAACUGGGUAGUUCUUGAGUUGCUUUGUACCAAAAAUAGUGUGGAUCAGAAAAUAAAUUUGAUGGUUUCGACGCUGUAAGUUUACUAUAGAUGCCUUACUUUUUAAGCCUACUGUUUACCUUUUGAAAAUUUUAUAACAUUUUUUAUGAUUACCAGUUAUUAUAAUUAUGUAAUAAAUCCACAAAAUAACAAA